UUGUGCAAAGCAUCUCGCCUAAACCUCUACACGAUCGAUAAUUUUCAUUUAAAAAAAAAAAAAAAAUUCAAAUCCGCAGCUGAUAUCCGAAAGCCACCCCUAUAGUUUUAUGUUAAUCUUUUCUCAGCGCCGCCCUUACGUUACGGCUCCGACUGACAUUUGUUUACAGUACACUCCCAGACACAAACCGUUUUCAACAAAAAUUGUUGUUUUUUUUUCGUUGUUCGUUUUCGAAACCCGCUUAUAUAUUCUUCGUCUUCUUCUGCUACGGGUUUGCUUGUGAUUAUAUUUUACGGUCGUCCACGGCGGUUGUUUUACUUUAUUUCUACCUAAUUUGGAGUCGUUUUAUUUUGUGCGAGGCCCUGAAACCCGCUUUGUUUGCCGCGCGGUGUGCCUUUUUGUUCGAUUUUGUUAUUCCGUUCCGUUCCAAUGUUUAUACCUGCGACUGUACCAAGCCGGCACAUCAAAUUGCAAAUGGCGGGGAUCUAUAUAUAAAUAUUAUAUUUAGAUUUGUUGCAACAUUUUUUUUUCUUUUAUACGGUUAAAUUUACGGUUCUCGGUGGUGGUUUUUUUUUAUUGAACAGUGACCCGGGUUGUUCAAACGAAAUUCGGUUUGGCAGUUACAAGUUUUAACCCAUCUCUCUGUCACCCUUUCCAGCAAUCUUAGAAGACAUAACGUUUGAUGUUUAAAAUUGUCCUUUUAGACUGCUAGAAGGAUCCUGCAAAAUGGCUACUACUCCACCACAACAAUUUUGUGUUAGGUGGAACAGUUACCAAUCGAAUCUCCAAAACGCCUUCCCGAAACUCCUCACAUCCGAGCAUUUCGUCGACGUCACCCUGGCAUGCGAAAACGAGAUGCUCAAGUGUCACAAGGUGGUGCUCUCCGCGUGUUCGACGUACUUCGAGAAACUUCUUCUGGACAAUCCCUGUCAGCAUCCGAUCAUCUUCAUGAAAGACAUGAAGUUCCAAGAGAUGCAGUCUUUGGUGGAUUUUAUGUACAAGGGGGAGGUGAACGUGACCCAGGACGAUCUUCCUUCGUUACUGAAAUCGGCGGAGGCCUUACAGAUCAGAGGGCUGUGCGGUUCGGAUCAGUUACUUAAUCCGGCUUAUUUUGGGAAUAUGGUGAAGAGUCCUCCUCCGGCCACUCCAGGAUCUACAGUUCAUCCACCGAUUCAACCUAAACCGCCCUCUCAGCUCCCCACCACAUCGACCCCAACCGGCAUCAAGGACAACCAACCGCAACCGAGCCAAGUAACCAUGCCAAAAACCGACGGCGGGGUGGUAAAGAAGGAAGUGAACGCCGCGGCGGCUGAUGUGACGUCAGAAUGCGGCGCCGCACCCGACUCCUCCGAAUGCGACAGUAAUGACGGAAUGCUACAAAUCAAAGAAGAUGAUGCUGAGGGAGAAGAUGACACCUUUUUCGAAGGCGACAACGAAUCGUUGAUGGACCAGGAACUGAUGGAAGAGGACGGACCCGUUAACACCGGAGAUACGCACGAAAUACGCACGCCCGACACUUUUGCUAUCGCUAACGUUUCUUGUCAUUAUGAUGGUACCCCCGGAAAUAUGAAUAAUUCGAGUAUUAACAAACGGAUCAGACGUUCGGACGAGGAGCUCAGAAGGGCGGCCGAGUGUAUCACCAGAGGUCAGACUUUCCAAACGGUUUCGGAUCAGUACAAUAUUCCCAUUUCCACGAUCAGGUUCUACAUGGCUAGAAAAGGUAUUCUCCCAAGGCGUAAACGAGGAAGGUCCUGCGCACCCUCGAUGGGCAUGAGCUCCAUGCCGGUUUCGGCCAGUUACACAUCCCCCGGCAGCCCCAUCGGGCCCCCCUAUCACAUCGUUCACUACAAACUGCCGCAGUUGGGCGUACAAAAACUGAAAUAAUAGAACAACCGAAGUCCCCAAGAGAUUUCUUUCUGAAUGAAACUGAAGUCGGUUUGAUCGGGAUUCGAGAGACAGCUACUUUUUACCAGUUAUUAUUAUUUUUUUUUUGGUCGUCAGUGAUAGGAGAGCGAGUCUCGUUUUUUCAUAUUCGGCUCAUGUUACUUAAUUUUUUGCUGGUUAGGUCGGUUUGGUUUGUUUGAGGGUCUAAAUACAGGGAAAUUCGGUUAUAGAUGACCUAUUGGAAAUAGUAGUUCCAAGCAUUAUUUGAAAUUUGCCAUUGAAACUUAACAGUUUAGCAACGUAAAUUUUUUUAUUGAUGCGGAAGUGUUGACAAGGUAUUUAUUAUUUAUAAUGUUGUGAUUGGACAUUGUGAUUUUUGAUAUUUUCGGCACACUCUUACUUUUACCUUGUUUCACAAUUAACUAGGGAAAAACUUUUAACUUUAAUUUGAAUUAACAGAGAUUCAUUUUAUGACCAACGGUCGCUUUUGCUAUAAAAACGUAUUUUCUUAAGUUAUUUGAUUCAUUUAAUAAGAAAACUAUUUGAUAAAGCUGAAAAAGAUCGUUUAAAGGAAAUAUUUCUAUC